AUGUUCUGGUUCCUGACCAGGGAUCUGAACUCGGAAGGCCUGUCGAACAGCACGGGGGUUCUCGAGGGCGUGGACGGGGGCGAUUCCUCGACGGGGGCGCUGGUCGAGACGUUCAGGCGAGGAUCGUGGGAACAUCGCGAGAACUCGACUGUGGGCAUCGCGAAGGCGAGAUAUGUAGACACGGGAUCGUGCGGGUCCAGCUUUGGAGGGUGCCUUGAGUGGCUUGGGGAGGAGGUGUGGCACUGGAACCCGGGGCACGGUGGGAACGCGGGGCUGAUCCGGAACUGGACGGAGAGGGCGGCUUGGCACUGGGGUGCAGGGGGGGAGGGGCUUGCGGGGCUGUUCCCCGAGAAGGUCAUCGGGGACAUCGGGGUGUCGAGGAACAAGGAGUACAGGUCGUUCUCCGCGCUGUUCAAGCGGGGAGGUACGUGCAAGCCGCGGAGGAGCUGUCGAGCCAUGGUCCACGCGACGGGGAGUUCCUGGAGUUUGGAGGGGCCGUCCGGGUGCGGGAGGGAUGCGGCGGUGCAUGCGUUUGAGGCGCACUCGGGGUUCGUGACGGAGCUGGUUGGCUACUUUGGGCUCUCGAGGGUGGUGGACGGGAGUGUUUUCGCGACGAGGCUGAUCUUUCCUCAGCCGACGGAUUGUGGGAACCCGUCGUUUGUGAGCCUCCAGGUUCUGAGGAGGUCGCUGCAGGGGGCGGCGAAGUGCAGGAUCCUGCUGGUGAGGAGGGUUUCACACAGGAGAUCUGUGAGGAACCACGACGACCUGUUGAGGGCGAUGGGUUCAUUCCCUUGCGAGACGGUGGUGGAGGAUGGGAGUUCGACGGUUGGGAGGCAGCUGAGGUCCUUCCGUGAUGCGGAUCUGGGAGGGGUUGGGGUGGUGGAGUUGUUGGUGGAGGGCGGGGAUGUGAACCUCUGUUACCUUUCGAUGUCGGUGAAGCUUUUGUUGAGGUACGUCGGUCUGAUGAUGGCUGGGUCGAGGCCGGACAGUCCGAUGACGGCGAGCAUCCCCCUGGUGCUUUCUACGGUCCGCGGGGUGCUGGGGAGGGUCAUGGGGCUUGAUGCCGGCUGA